AGGCAGGCAGAGCUGGAGAUGCAGUUAAAACAUGGAAAAGAGGAUCCUGAAGAGGUGCAGUACAAACAAUUUACAGCCUGGCUCUGGGUCAGAGAUAUGUUGACAGAUGUCAUCAAAGGUGCUUCCAAAGACAGCCCAGUGGUGAAAGGAAACUCUAUUUUUGCCUUAACUGGUCUUGCAGUUGCUGUAGUCAAAUAUGAAAGCAGCCUUUCCUCAGACACUGAAGGAAUGCCUGAGACUGAACCUGAUUUUCUUCCCACAAAACACUGGAUUUCUAUGGUCACAGAGACCCUCUUUAGUAUUGUGAAUAGCCGCUAUCACCCUAAAGGUCAAGUCUUCCCAUGGUUCUAUCAGAAAUCCUAUUCAGGUGAAAACACUGCUAGUAUUAUAGCUCGUUCUUGUGCGGCCACUGCUUUGUCUCUCCUGGUGCCAGUUUUCAUUGUAACAUGCAAGGAGAAGAUUGAAGAGGUGCUGAAUAUGCUGACCGACAGGUUACCUGGAAAACCAAAUGCUGACGAGUCUCAAGCUGUUCAAAUCCAUGUGGGCCUUGGCUUGGGGAUGUUUAUCUCACGGUUGUAUGAAGAAAAAGUCAGGUAAGGAUUACCAUGU